AUGUUCAUUGUUAAUAGUGUUAAAAUUGAAGAUGAUAAAUGGAAACGUCUUUCACGACAAAUUGUCGAUUUACUUCUUGCUCAUUUACAAUCUCAGAAUCAAUCACUUUUGGAUAUUUAUUCCACACAAUUAACACUAUUUGAUGUUGCUUUUCGAGCGUUAAAUGAUGUUUUAUCAUCAGUUAAUGAAACACGAGAUGAAACUUUUAGUGGUGGUCAAUUACAAUCUUAUUGUGAUUUAAUAUAUCAUCAUGAAUUAUAUGUUGAACAUUUUACACCAAUAACAACACAUUAUCAAUUAUUAUUAUUAUUUUUUAUUGAACAAAGUGAUACAUGCACAUAA